UCCUCUGCAGCAGCAGAAGCAGCAGCAGCAGCAGCUGGUCUGAGGACCAGGAUGGGCCGGCGCCUGGUGGUGGGGGGAUGAGAGGGAGAGGUGGGAGUGAACGAGGAAACAACGAGCAGAGGAAGGAAAGAGGAAACACGUAGAGCCACAACACAACACUCCCUUGGCUGAAUGAAACCCGUGCGCAGCUCCAGCACCAAGGAGCGACCACCGCCUUCUGGAGGAGUCUGGAGGAGCUCUAUUGUUCAGACAGCACGGCUUGCUUCUGCGGGUUUCCCGGGUUCAGGAGGAGGGGGACACCCAUGCUAAGCUCAGGGAGAAUGGAGGAAUUCGUGACCGAAGAGGAAGAGCCGUGGUACGACCAACAGGACCUGGAGCAGGACCUCCACUUGGCGGCAGAGCUGGGAAAGACUCUACUGGAGAGGAACAAAGAGCUGGAGGAUUCCCUGCAGCAGAUGUACAUCACUAAUGAAGAGCAAGUGCAAGAGAUCGAGUACCUGUCGAAGCAGCUGGAAGUUCUUCGGGAAAUGAACGAGCAGCAUGCCAAAGUGUACGAGCAGCUGGACGGGACGGCCAGAGAGCUGGAACGCACCAACCACACGCUGGUGAUGGACAGCAAGGGCUCACAACAAAAGAUAGAGAGGUUAACCGGGACCAUUGAGACUUUGCAGAACCAGGUGGAGUCUCUCUCAGGGCAGGUGGAGCAGCUUCGCUCCAUGGAGCAGCUCCGAGUCAGGAGGGAGAAGAGGGAACGACGCAAGACCAUCCACUCUUUCCCUUGCCUGAGGGAGCUUUGCACAGCACCCAGGUAUGAGGAUGAGUUUGUAGUGGGCCGGGCUGAGAGCUUUACAGUGGAUGUAAAGCGUCCACCAUUUGAAGAAGAGAACCAGCAUCUGAGGGAGGCGGUGUCGGCUCUACGAGCGGCUGCCCGGACUGAGCGGGGUCGUAGGGAAGGGGUGGAGAGGGAGUGCAACCUCCUUGUUGCAGAGUUCUCCCGCCUGCAGACACGGGUGCAGGACGCUGAGAGCUGCCAGGCGAGGGUGCGGGAGUUGGAGGUGGAGCUCCAGGAGCUGCAGCAGCUGCGCCGCGCUCGGACUUUCCUGCUGAGCAGCGAGGACGACGGCGCCGGUCUUACCCAGACUGUCCUCAAUAGCACCCCGGAGACGGACACGUUCCUGGAAGUCGAGGUCGGGGAGACCGGAGGAGGCGUGAGGGAGGAGACUGACGGUGGUGGAGGCGUGGGAGGGGAGGCUCUCCCCGAGUCCAGCCCCGUGAGAAAAAGCUGCAGCGACACGGCGCUCAACGCCAUCGUGGCCCGCGACGCGUCCGGCCGCAGGAGAGGCAGCUACGCCCUCCACGCCAACAGCGUGAGGAAGAGAGGGAUGUCCAUCCUCAGGGAGGUGGACGAGCAGUACCACGCCUUGCUGGAGAAAUAUGAGGAGUUGUUAGGGAAGUGUAGGCGCCACGAGGAGAGCCUGUGUCACGCCGGUGUCCAGACUUCCAGACCCGUCUCCCGAGACCCGUCCAUGAAAGACUGUGCCAUGGGCCCCACCCCGGCGCCUCCCCCUUCCCCCACCCAGUCGCCCUCCACCCCUGAGGCCAUUGAGAGCAUUAGCAAGCAAGUGGAGGCGGUGGAUAAGAGGCUGGGACAGAACACUCCAGAGUACAAAGCCCUUUUUAAAGAGAUCUUCUCUCGUAUCCAGAAGACCAAGAUGGAUAUCAAAGCUACCAAAGCUGCUAAAGCUAGCAAAUCUGGCAAGUCUGGCAAGUCUGGCAAGUCUGGUAAACAGUAAUGGUACACUGAUUGGCUCCAGAGAGGACGAUAGUGUGCUAUUUCAGCGUUAAGGAGUUUGUGAACGGUGGCUUGGUGUAAACAUUCUUAUAGAGGGUGCUAGUUCGUAAACCGCUAAAUUCAAGUACAGUUCAGUUCAAUUGAGGUCAAAUUAGAGCGCACAGUUUCACCAAGAACUGUAACAUCACAGCUUACACAAGAAUCUGAUUUGCAUGUGAUCAAUUAAAAAAACUUUGCAGA